AUGAUGAUCUAGGAAGGGAACUAUCUGGUAACGGUGGUGGCUAUGGAGACAGCAAUCAAUCGUCGGGCGGGUACGGAAAUAGCAACCAGUCAUCUGGCGGUUACGGAAAUAACAACCAAUCAUCUGGCGGCUAUGGAAAUAACAACCAAUCAUCUGGAGGCUAUGGAAAUAACAACCAAUCAUCUGGCGGCUAUGGAAAUAACAACCAAUCAUCUGGCGGCUACGGCGGAAACUCACAAGGCGGUGGUGGUGGCGCAUAUAAAAGCUCUGGCUAUGGCGGCAGUGGUAGCAACGGCAACACGUCCUCUCAAAGCGCUUCAGAGAAGUACGGCAAUGCCAAAGCCAUCUCAUCUGACAUGUUCAACGGCGGUGGUAGUGGCAACGGUGACUCUGAUCGUCUGGGUCAGUUCGCAGGCGCUAAGUCACUGUCUUCAGCCCAGUACUUUGGCAGAGAGGAGGCGCCCGCGUGGCAGACGCAAAGAGAAGUGGGCGCUAGUGAGAUGGCCGCGCGGGUGUCGCGUGCCGCAGCCGAAGGCGUGGCGGAUCUGUCAAACAAAGCAUCGGACUAUUGGGAAGACUUCAAGUCAAAGUAUGGAGGUUAGAGCCUGACGAACAAUGGUACCCACGCACUCACACACACACACACACACACACAGACGGAAGGGGGGGGGGGGGGAUUAAAGGCGUAUAGUGUAGUGGAGUACUGCGUAGGGAUGAAGUAUGCUUAGGAUCAGACCGAGUCCGGUGUUGUUCUUCUGACCUUAGAACCACAGCAGCCGGACCUUUUUUUUUUUGGAAGAGGUCCCUGAGGGAGGCGGCUACCAGCGGCGUUGAUUCGUAAUAUCCGGUCUAGGGGAAAUGAAUUCUACGACCGGAAUGUACCACACUUUAUUGUGACAGCAAAGGACUGUCUUUCCAUUCGGAGUUAUAUUUCAAUAAAAUUAAGUCAUGUGUAUAGAUACGU